CUCUGUAUAUAAACCAGGGCUCCAGGUGAAGUCUCUCAUCUACAGGAUCACACAGCAACCAUGAGGUCUCUGGUUUUUGUUCUGCUCAUCGGAGCUGCCUUUGCCACGGAGGACGACAAGAUCGUCGGAGGGUAUGAGUGCACACCCUACUCCCAGCCCCAUCAGGUGUCUCUGAACUCUGGCUACCACUUCUGUGGAGGCUCCCUGGUCAACGAGAACUGGGUUGUGUCUGCUGCUCACUGCUACAAGUCCCGUGUGGAGGUGCGUAUGGGCGAGCACAACAUCAAGGUCAAUGAGGGAACCGAGCAGUUCAUCAGCUCCUCCCGUGUCAUCCGCCACCCCAACUACAGCUCCUACAACAUCAACAAUGACAUCAUGCUGAUCAAACUGAGCAAGCCCGCCACCCUCAACCAGUAUGUGCAGCCUGUGGCUCUGCCCACCAGCUGUGCCCCCGCUGGCACCAUGUGCACAGUCUCUGGCUGGGGCAACACCAUGAGCUCCUCUGCUGACAGGAACAAGCUGCAGUGCCUGGACCUCCCCAUCCUGUCCGAUAAGGACUGUGAUAACUCCUACCCUGGCAUGAUCACUGAUGCCAUGUUCUGCGCUGGAUACCUGGAGGGAGGCAAGGACUCUUGCCAGGGUGACUCUGGUGGCCCCGUCGUGUGCAACGGUGAGCUGCAGGGUGUUGUGUCCUGGGGCUAUGGAUGUGCUGAGAAGAACCACCCUGGUGUUUACACCAAGGUUUGCAUCUUCAACGACUGGCUGGAGAGGACCAUGGAUCACACAGCAACCAUGAGGUCUCUGGUUUUUGUUCUGCUCAUCGGAGCUGCCUUUGCCACAGAGGACGACAAGAUCGUCGGAGGGUAUGAAUGCACACCCUACUCCCAGCCCCAUCAGGUGUCUCUGAACUCUGGCUACCACUUCUGUGGAGGCUCCCUGGUCAACGAGAACUGGGUUGUGUCUGCUGCUCACUGCUACAAGUCCCGUGUGGAGGUGCGUAUGGGCGAGCACAACAUCAAGUUGCCACAGAGGACGAACAAGAUCGUCGGAGGCCGUGUGGAGGUGCGUAUGGGCGAGCACAACAUCAGGUCAAUGAGGGAACCGAGCAUUCAUCAGCUCCUCCCGUGUCAUCCGCCACCCCAAUACAGCUCCUACAACAUCAACAAUGACAUCAUGCUGAUCAAAACUGAGCAAAGCCCCCACCCUCAACCAGUAUGUGCAGCCUGUGGCUCUGCCCACCAGCUGUGCCCCCGCUGGCACCAUGUGCAAACUGCUGACAGCAACAAGCUGCAGUGCCUGGACCUCCCCAUCCUGUCCGAUAAGGACUGUGAUAACUCCAUCCCUGGCAUGAUCACUGAUGCCAUGUUCUGCGCUGGAUACCUGGAGGGAGGCAAGGACUCUUGCCAGGGUGACUCUGGUGGCCCCGUUGUGUGCAACGGUGAGCUGCAGGGUGUUGUGUCCUGGGGCUAUGGAUGUGCUGAGAAGAACCACCCUGGUGUUUACGCCAAGAUCUCUAUCUACCAUCAGCUAAUCAUGAGGUCUCUGGUCUUUGCUCUGCUCCUUGGAGCUGUGUUUGCCACAGAGGAUGACAAAAUUGUUGGAGGGCGUGAGUGCACACCUCAUUCCCAGCCCCAUCAGGUGUCUCUGAACUCUGGCUACCACUUCUGUGGAGGCUCCCUGGUCAACGAGUACUGGGUGGUGUCUGCUGCUCACUGCUACAAAUCCAAAAUGGACAUCGUCCUUGGUGAUCACAACCGCUGGUUCAUGGACGGCAAUGAACAGAUCAUUCGUGCCUCCAGUGUGAUUCCUCACCCCAACUACGAGUCCUGGCUGGUUAAUAAUGACAUCAUGCUGAUCAAGCUGAGCGAGCCUGCCACCAUCAACCAGUAUGUGAAGCCUGUGGCUCUGCCCACUAGUUGUGCCCCUGCUGGCACCAUGUGCACAGUCUCUGGAUGGGGUGUGACCAUGAGCUCCGCUGCUGACAGUAACAAGCUGCAGUGCCUGAACAUCCCCAUCCUGUCUAAAGAGGACUGUGACAACUCCUACCCUGGGAUGAUCACUGAGGCCAUGUUCUGUGCUGGAUACCUGGAGGGUGGCAAGGACUCCUGCCAGGGUGACUCUGGCGGCCCUGUUGUGUGUAACGGAGAGCUGCAGGGUGUUGUGUCCUGGGGCUUUGGGUGUGCAGAGAAGAACCACCCUGGUGUCUAUGCCAAGACCUGCAUUUUCACAGAGUGGCUGCAGAGCACCAUGGCUACUUACUAAGUCUGGUCCAACCUACCUCUACUGCAAAAUUCUGUCAAUGAAACU